UACAAUUGCAGAAUAUUUGUGGCCAUACAAGACAUCUUCCACCAAGUCUGAAAAGUGUAUAAAUGUCCUAGGAGUGCAGCAUUUUUUUUGGUAAGGAUUAAUAUUAAUGAGCUAGCUUAGGUCAACAGGUUAACAGUCAUUGUUAAAACAAAUAGCCCCUGGCUUUAGUGAGUAUAUCUGCACCUUCCAAGUUUAAUUAUAACUCUUUCUGUUUAUAGUUACUUAUAAGUAGAGACACUAACAAAAGACAGUACAUUCCUGCUCUUGUUUUCUGAGAAUGUCCAACUCUGUAAUGAAGUCAUUUCUAAUAAACUUGCUUCUUUCACUGUGCUGACUCACCUCAAUUUUUUUCCUGCACCAGAUCUAAGAAUCCUACUUUGUGGUCUGUAUCAGGACCCUCUUUUCCAGCAACAUCUUUCAGCAACACCAUGAAGGGACACCAAGACAAGACCCCCACUCCAAGGAAAACAAUCCACACAGAAUCAACCAGCUGACACCUGCAUGCUCUGUGCCUGACAAGACCCAAAUGGCCAGCAAUUUUCUCCUUCUCCAGUUAAACCUGUCCAACAUUGAGGAACCUAUCCAGUUCUGGGAGGUGAUCUCGGACGAACACGCCAUCGACUCCGCGGGCACCUACCACGGGGACAGCCGCCUGCAGCUGGAGCGCAUCGACGUUUACUACAACGAGGCCUGCGGUGGCAGGUACGUGCCCCGCGCUGUGCUGGUGGAUCUGGAGCCGGGCACUCUGGACUCUGUGCGCUCGGGGCCUUUCGGGCAGAUCUUCAGGCCGGACAGCUUCAUCUUCGGUCAGAGUGGGGCCGGAAACAACUGGGCCAGGGGGCACUACACGGAAGGCGCGGAGCUGAUGGAGUCAGUGAUGGACGUUGUCAGAAAGGAGGCUGAGAGCUGUGACUGCCUGCAGGGUUUCCAGCUGACCCACUCCCUGGGUGGGGGGACGGGGUCUGGGAUGGGUACCCUUCUGCUCAGUAAGAUCCGGGAGGAGUACCCAGACAGGAUCAUAAACACAUUCAGCAUCCUGCCCUCGCCCAGGGUGUCAGACACGGUGGUGGAGCCCUACAACGCCACCCUCUCUGUCCACCAGCUCAUAGAAAACGCAGACGAGACCUUCUGUAUAGACAACGAAGCGUUAUACGACAUCUGUUCCAGGACCCUGAAACUGCCCAUGCCCACCUACGGUGACCUGAACCAUCUGGUGUCUGCCACCAUGAGCGGGGUCACCACGUGCCUGCGCUUCCCAGGCCAGCUGAAUGCUGACCUGCGGAAGCUGGCCGUGAACAUGGUCCCGUUUCCCCGGCUGCACUUCUUCAUGCCCGGCUUUGCCCCCCUGACCAGCCGGGGCAGCCAGCAGUACCGGGCCCUGACGGUGGCUGAGCUUACACAGCAGAUGUUUGACGCCAGGAAUAUGAUGGCCGCGUGUGACCCCCGUCAUGGCCGCUACCUAACGGCGGCUGCCAUUUUCAGGGGUCGCAUGCCCAUGAGGGAGGUGGAUGAACAAAUGUUCAACAUUCAAAAUAAGAACAGCAGCUACUUCGCUGACUGGCUCCCCCACAACGUCAAAACAGCCGUCUGUGACAUCCCGCCCCGGGGGCUAAAAAUGUCAGCCACCUUCAUUGGGAACAACACGGCCAUCCAGGAGCUCUUCAAGCGUGUCUCAGAGCAGUUUACAGCAAUGUUCCGGCGCAAGGCCUUCCUCCAUUGGUAUACGGGCGAGGGGAUGGAUGAGAUGGAAUUUACGGAGGCGGAGAGCAACAUGAAUGACCUGGUUUCUGAGUAUCAACAGUAUCAGGAUGCCACAGCUGAGGAGGAGGAGUUUGAGGAAUAUGCUGAGGAGGAGGAGGAGGAGGCCUAGAACUUUCCUUUUCUAGGUAAAGGGGGGAAGCAGUGUGGAUUCUUUACUGUGUUCUGACUGCCAUGUGUCACUACGCACUUGUUCGUGUCUUCACCUCUCCUCCUGCUGCAUUUUAAAGCAUUUUUAUAGCAUACGACUUUGCUGAAUAAAGUAUUCUCA